AUGAAGAAGCUUGAAGAAGAAGGGAGAAGACAAAUGUCAAGAAGAGCUACGAACUCCGACUUUACAUCAUCUUCUCACAUCAAACCACCACAGUCCAACAACAACAAGACAAGCCUAAGGAACAACAAUCUUUCCGUAUCACAAUCUGGCUUUGGUCUUGGUCAAUCCACCUAUGAUUUGAGUCCAUCCGAAUCCAUCUUAUCGUCUUCUGGUUUUUCGAAAGGUUUAUCAACUUUAACGGAGGAGGAAAGAAGAAACAUUUUUGAGAUAUCUCAAGAGUUUCAGACUCCUACAUUUGGACAAUAUGGUACAACAAGUGAUGUGUUGGGUACAAACUCUAAUCUCAGUCCUGAUAUCCUAGGAAGUAAUUACGCUGGGAUCAUAGCAAGUGCGAAUGGAGAUUUAACUGGACUUGAUGGAAUAAGAGUUAAUUGUUAUGGUUCUCGUGGUGGAUUAGUCCAUGAUAGUAAUUUCAAUGGUUAUGGUAAUAGUUCUCUUGGUGGAUUAGUCCAUGACACUAGCAAUGUCAAUGGUUAUAGUAAUGACUCUGGAUUAGUCCAUGAUACUAGUAAUGCCAAUGGUAAUGGUAAUGGCUAUGGCUCUCUUGGUGGAUUAGUCCAUGAUACUAGUAAUGUCAAUGGUUAUGGUAAUGGCUUUCUUGAUAGAAGAAGAGUUCAUGGUACUGAUAAUGAGAAUGGAAAUGGCCUUACUGAUGGAAUAAGAGAGUAUGGUUUUAGUAAUGGCAAUGUUAACGACUCUCUUGAUGGAACAAGAGUUCAUGGUAUAGAUAAUGGUAAUGGAUCUCUUGGUCAAAGUUUGGGUGGCAACAACUGGAAUUUCAACAGCAACACGAGUUACCAUGGAAGUUCAACUUCGAGGUUUCCUUCGGCAUUGUCAUCCUUCUUAGACGAUUGGGAUCAAUCACAUAACAACUUCAUUGAUGAUGUGAUUUAUGCACAAGAAAACCCAAGCAUAUUAAAUGAUCACCAUGGCGCCAACGGGAUUGUUUGCGAUACAACUAACUCGCAAUUUGAUCAGAAUAAGGGUGGCUGUAUGGAAAACCCAUUUAACGUUGAUGCUGCUAAUUCGCAAACGUAUUUUUCUUCUCAUGAUAUGAACAUUACAAACCAGGGUUAUUCUAAUAUUGCUAAUUCGGAAAUGUAUUUUCCUCCUCAGAACAUGAGCAUUACAGAUCAAGGUGACGAUGAUGAAGAUUUAUGGAAUCUUAUUGAUGCUAUUAAUGAUCCGAAAAUGUAUUUUCCUCCUUUGAACAUUUCAAAUCAGGGCAACGAUGAUGAAGAACCAUUGAUUCCUACUAAUCCAGAUAUGUAUUUUCCUCCUCAAGACGGCAAUGGUGCUGCGGAAUUGACGGAACCCCCAUUGUCAUUCCACCAUGAUUCAAACGCUGAAGACGCCAUGGAUGACUAUUUGCUCGAUCAUGAAAUGAUUUGA